AUGAAAUUUAAAAAAUUUUUGCCGAGGACUCUCUCUUUGGGAAUAUUAUACUCAUUAACAGCUAUAUCAAGUGCAUUUUCAAUAUUUGUUUUGAUAUUAGCUACCAGAAUCGAGUCAGCUCCAUUAAUUCCUCAUCCCAAAAAUUCAUUUUGCGACAAAAUUGUUAACAUAUCAACAGAAGAUGAAAAUAUUGUUGUGAAUCUAAAGAGCUCGCCUACUAAUCAAGAUAUUACAGAUAUAAAAAAUUUCUUGCGUUUUGAAACUGAAGCAUUCUCAACUCUUUUAAUAUUUCCUUUUAACACUUUUCAAGUAUUACAAUACAAUUCAUCCACCAUCACUGGAUUUUACAAUUACCCAUUCCUACAAGAAUAUUCUGGAAAUAUGUUAUGUUUUUCAGAUGACAAAGCCAAACAAAUACAAGAAAGCAGCAAGAUAGAAACGCAAAAGUUUAUUGCUGAUAAGAUUUUCCCGAUACAUUUCAAGGUUUCGAAUUUCGAUAAUUCAUCGGAGUAUACACAAAUGAAAUGCAAAAGAAAAACUAUCCAAAAAAGAUAUUGCGUUACCCGCAACUUAAUAUUAAGAAAUAACAUCAUUUAUUUCUAUUCUCGAAUUUUAUACAAAUUUCCGUCUCCUUUUCUAUCAUUAAGCUCACAACCAAUACCAAAUGAUGUUGUAGAUACUCGUCUUGACAACCAGCCCGUUGUUGUCAAAACAAAUCCACUAGGAAAAGGUGGAAAUAAAAUCCAAGGCAUUUCUUAUUUUUAUUGUCGAGGAGUGAACCUUGGAAUGCUCUGGCAUAACAUUUUUGAUAAUGUAGCACCUUUGUAUCAUACUAUACAAGAAGUUGAAGGCUCAGUUACAGGAAAAGAUCGACAUUUCAUUGUAACUGAUAUUUACGUUGUCGAAGUCUUUGUUUUGUUCCUGAAAAUGUUUACAAAGUAUCCAAUACACAAUAUACAAUUGGAAAAGAUGGAUAUUCAGUUUGAUAUUUGUGUUUUAGGUCUAAGAAAAUUUAAUACUCGCCCUUUGCCAUUUAGAAACGAAUUCACGACCUUUGAUUUCAGUUAUGAUCCUAAGGAUAUUUCAAUACCAGGAUUUAGAGAAACAAUUCUCAAAGAACUUCGAUUUACAAUUCCAAUUCCAGAUCCAAAGAAGCCACUUGUCAUCAUUCCUUUACGUAAAAACAAUAAUACAAGGUUUAUUGUUAAUAUGAACAGCGUUAUUAAAGAAAUGGAAAGAAGAUGUAAAUUCUGUGAGUUUUUAUAUCUCAAUUUAGACUCAUUGACCAUUGAAUGGCAAAUAGAACUUAUUUCUCAUGCAACAGUAUUAGCAGGAAUCCACGGAUCUGGUCUUGCACACCAGAUUUGGAUGAAUUCAUCAAAAGAGCAUCCAGCUUAUGUAUUUGAGUUCCUUCCGCCAAAUUACUGGUGCAGGGAUUGGUACAAUGCCGUCGCAGACGCUUUUAAUAUCAAAUAUUACAAAGUGUUUGGAGAACAAAUCAGAUUUGAAGAGCAAUUAGACAAAUGCGUUAAUGUUAAGGAGCUUUGCAUUAGUCCUGAGUGUCAUGAUAUUUUAAGAGAUCAAAAUAUGAGGAUAAAUAUUGAACAGUUAGGAAACGAAUGGCAAAAGAUUGUAGAUAACUUAGAGAAAUCCAUACCUUAG